GAGAUCAUCAUCAGAGAAAAAGAGCUCGUGAUGAGGGAGGUAAACACGAGGAGAUCGAGCCGGCCGGGGCGGGCAAACCGCCAUGCGCGUCUCGGUUCCUUCGUUGCCGUCGUCUGUUCCCAUCCAGCUUCUCGACAGAUCCGCUGGCACGCAGGCCGCACCACGGAAAGCUCUAUGCAUUGCUCUUGCGAGGAAGGGUCUGUUUGUGACUGUCAUCGACCUCUCUGAAGAAAACGGAAGAGAAGUUGUUUCAUUAGUUCAAAAGGAAAACAAACAUGUCCAUCAAUAUGCUAGAGUUCCAUCCGCCAUAUUCAUCAAGUGUGAUGUUACCAAUGGAGAGGAUCUUGCUGCUGCUUUUCGAAAACAUGUGGACACAUUUGGUGGACUAGAUAUAUGCAUCAAUUGUGCUGGAUUUGUCAACAAAUCGUUGGUUUACGAUGAUAAAUCUGACGGAACUUCCACUUGGAGGCGUGCUGUAAAUGUGAAUCUUGUUGCUGUUAUCGAUGGGACGCGCAUUGCAUCUCAAGUAAUGCGAUCCCAGAAGAAGCCCGGCGUCAUAAUAAAUAUUAGCUCAGUUGCUGGCAUAUAUCCUAUGAGCUAUGAACCUGUGUAUAGCGGGACAAAAGGGGGUGUGGUUAUGUUUACACGAUCACUUGCUCCACUGAAGCGGUAUGGCAUUCGUGUCAAUGUACUGUGCCCUGAGGUAUUAAGAUUUGCAUGACUGGAGCGGAGGGAUAUAUAGCUAAUUGUUUCUAGUAUAGUUGACUUCGCAUUCAUCACAGUAACUUUGAAACAGUUCAUGCGUUCCUUAUUAACUUGUGAGAAAUUGUUGAUAGGUUUUGCAUUCAGGACAUUGAUCUGAAAAACAUAUAGUAGAGCUUGGUCCUUCAAAAAUCAUACAGUAGAGCAUUAGUAAAUUUUACUGCUGACUCGUUCUACACGGUUGCUGCUGAAUGGCGGACCACCGACAUCGCCACAAUCCUCAGAACAGCAGCACUUCUCGGUUGCUCGUACAGCACAGACGUGCUACGACCGCAGGGCCUGCAGGCCCUAAUGCCAGCAGCACUGGCUCCAUUGCAAACUGGUGGCUAGCAAGCAAGAAGCCGAUUGACAAGAGAGACCGAUCAGAUGUGAUGGUGGUUUUGAUGUUCUGGACAAUCUGGAAGGAGUGCAGUCGCUGGGUGCCCGGGUGUUUGACAGUAUUGCAGCCAUGGCUGCCAUUCUUGCGUAAAGGAUUAGAGAGGAAGCUCAUAAUUGGAUCAUGGCAGGCUUCCAUUGGUUGAGGUCGUUCUUUGAAGUAUCCGAUGGAUAGUUUUGCCCGAUGGCGAAGCUAGAGCAAAUAUAAGAGGGUGCACCUCUCUUGUGGGUGCAUAGAGAUGAGAUGUGGAUGAUGCAUAUAUACUAAAAAUUUGAUUAUUAUAACUGAUUUUUAGAUUUUUGGGGUUGCAU